CAUUCAGUUGACACGCACCCAACAGAGGGCUCACGAAAGAGAGAACGAAGGGAGGAGAGAUCGGACAAACAGAGCACGCAACGCUCCCUCUGCUGUUUCUGGGGGCUCGCGAAAGCGCGCUCGAAUUUGGUUCCGCCAGAUACGGCUCGAGAAAAGCUUGUUCCAGUUUUUGCUGUUGGUCCUCCCAUCAGCUCCGUCGACAGCAAUUGGUUGUCUCCACAGGCGGGUAGGAAGAACCCCCGCGGAAAGUGCUUUUUUCCCUCCUGUUGGUUGUGGAGCGGCGAAGUUCAGCGGCGGGAGCUAGUCAGGGGUGGAUGUCGACGCUUGCCAGUCAGAGCGUUUCGCUUCACGCUAUGCCCGUGGGCGGGCGUGAGAGGCCGCAAGGUUCUUACGUAAGCGCCGAAACCCUGACCAACGAGGCGAACUUCUCAGGAGAGACCCAGCAGUGGCAUGUCAUCGGCUCGGCAGGGGUUACGGCGAGGGAAACAGACGACCCCUCCUCGAGGAGCCUCUGCGCACUGCCCUUCGCGUGCCCCCUGACCGUGACGGCCAAGCAAGGGGGAAUGGUCAAGAUCAGCUCCCCCGUGGAGGGCUGGGUGCCGGUGGCAGAUGACGUGGGCUACGUGCUGCUCGCCAAAGGAGACGGUUCCGCGGGUGCGAGGUGGCGCUACCGAGUUGUCUGUCGAGAUGGAGCGUUCGUGAGGCUCGGGAUUGAGCUCACCAGCCCGUUUUUGUUCAACCUCCCGUGGCACUCUGUUGUAGAGGUCCUCGAGCGUCGCAUCAACGACGCCGGUCUCCCGCGGCUGAAGAUUGCGGAGGGGUGGAUUAGCGAGGUUCUUAAUCCCCUCUCGGGCCAACGAGGCCCUGUGGUUGAGAUCGUCAAGCUCCUCCAGCCCCUAAAGUAUCGGGUAGUGCUACCCGACGGUGCCGUCGUGAGGAGAACGGUCGAGCUGGCGUCGAGCCAGGUGAAGACGAUCGCGGCGGGGGAGUUGGUGCAGGUGUCCGCGAAGAAGUUCAGCGAACUCGGGAAUCGCUGCGUGCAGCGGCUCAAGCUAGCGGAUGGUUCCGGUUGGCUUUCGAUGCGGCUCAACAAGGAGCCGCCCGACGACAUUCCCGUGGUAGAGUACGCCGGUCUUGGGGACGCAAGCCCCUCCCCUAGAGUAGUGCCCCUGCCGGGCGCUCGAGGGCAGGAGGGGACGAUGGGAUUAGGGUUUUGGAGAAGGAGCCCUACGGUGCCGGGGGGCGGGGACGCGGGGGCCGGCGGGGGAGGGGGUGCCGCGGCAGCAUGGGGCGAGACGAACGACGACGAUGACCAGAAAGCGGACCUUUUCAAGAUCAAGCACUCCGAUUCGCUCGAGGAGGAUGACAACUGCGUCGUCUGCCUGUCGGGCCCGCGAACGGCGACGAUCGUUCACGGUGAGAUCGGGCACAUCGCGUGUUGCCUGGAAUGCGCCAGAAUACUCAAGGCACGAGGGGAUGCCUGCCCGGUUUGCCGUGCCCCCAUCGACAGCGUCGUGCAGCACUUCUGGGCAUGAGCCGAAAACACAAAGUGGAGAAGGCGUUCCUCGUUUUCGGCAUGUAGUACAAAAGUGGAAUCAGAAAAACAAAAACAGCAGGAACUGACAUGUUUAUGUUCUGCGCUGUCUGGGUAGGGAAUUAUAUGCCGCUGCGGCUGACUGCCCGUGGGGGGGGAGCCGUGGAACCAAUGCACACGAUUUUAUUGAAUUGCAAGAGGAGACAGGACACUCCCCCUGGUAUAGCCUAGUCUCUUCAGCGAGAAAAAAAACAAGAGAAGGAAGUAGUACGGAAGGAGAAGAGGGGCAAGCGCAAGGCGGGGUCAACGAGUAGGGUCGAGUUGGGGGUGAGAAUGGCGUCCUGCGCCAGUGGACCUGGAGCGGGUCGACAUCAGGAGCAUAACUAAGCCGCUCCUUGUGGGGGGGGGUGCACGAAUGGGAACGCAUGCCGCAGUCGUUAGAGAGAUGGCGCCUCUCUCACGGUCCUCUUUUUUGGGAGCUAAUGACUUACUAACGAUGCGUGUUGUUUGCAUGAACCAGUGUGGUCUUUUGUCUACGUUGGCUCCCUUGAUCCCUUCCUCUGUUUUUUUUUAUUUUCUGGUAUAUUUUGUUUUGACGAGUUUUCCUGCGCGACCUUGUGUAGGCUUGAGCUGCGAAUGGAGGGGUCCGAGAUAACUGUCACGACUGACGAUGGCGUUGUUGCUCUCUCUCCCUCUGGUGAGUAAGAAAGAAAGCCGCGGCGCCGAAGCUUUGUAAAAAAUAAGCAAUAAACAUGUAGCCGACAUAUGUGCUGCCACGCGUCCGUAAACAUGGAACGGACGUGUUCGUGUGAUUCGCUGCACUUCAGUCGUACAUGUUGGCUUCACCAGGUCUUUAUGUUGAUAGGAUAUCGAUGAUGAUUGUGGCACGCGGAGAGAGAGAAGGGUUUUGACAGGCAUGCCGAGUCCUCGGGGGCUCCCUUACCCCCACCCACCCCUUACUGGGUUGGUUAUCGCUUUUUUUGUUUUCGUCGUUGUUCGGUGCAUGCGGCUGGACGUUUUCGCCCCACAUCAACCAGCGGGGGAUGGUGGAUCGAUGGAUCGAUGGAUCGAUCUCGGGAAUGUGGUGGGUGAGGCGUGGCAGUUGCCGUAGGACUGGUGCUCCCGAUUUUGUCGUUUUGUUUUGUUUCAAAUCGCGAACCCUUUCCAAGCGCGGUUUGAGUGGUUUGCCGUCCAAGACCCUAUGUUUUGUGUGUUUUUAUCGCAAAAACGCUAGCGGUAGUACAAAUAGUGUUGACGCCGGACUCCGUUUUUCGUAUGCAGUAGUUUUGGCUGGGGACAAGCGGGGCGAAUGGGGCACACGAAAGGAAGGAAGCCGAAUGGGAUUCCGCGUAGUGGAUGACGGUGUUGAAUGCCUUGUUUAGCCGGGAAAACUUGUAGGCGGCGUGAUUUGAGCUGAUCGGCUGGACAUGGGUUCCGUGCUUUUGCAUUUCGGCGGCCAGGGCCUUUCCUUUCGUCUAGGCCAGUUAUUAGAGUGCCGCCCCCGCCCGAAUGAUACAGUUGGCACUGUUCUCAGUCGGUUGUUGUUGGAUGGAUGGGGGAAUCGAAAAAUGGUAACAAGCAAUUGUCAUGUAAAUGUUAAGAUGGCUUGGCGGUCUCUCGUCCGUGUGGUUAGAAGAGAGAUGGAGCUGCUCGUGUUGAACAACGGAAUGUG